AUGAAUCCCGCCCACCAACACAACCCGCCCGACUCUGACGAGCGGGCUAGCGCCGCAUCCCGCGCAGGAUCGACCCUGAGAAGGUCCGCGGAGAGCCAUCAUCAACAUCACGAUGCGAUUGAGACAGUAGCAGUCAGUGCGGAGAAGAAGGAGCCAAAGGUGGAAGCACAGACCCAUGAAGCGGAAAAGGCUGGAGAUGGAUGCUUAAAUAGUACGGAGGCACAUGGUGUGGAAGAACAGAUUGAAUACCCUUCGGGCGUUAGGCUGGCGCUUCUUACGCUCGGAUUAUGUCUGGUAAUAUUUGUGGUUUCGUUGGACAAUACCAUCAUUGCAACUGCAAUCCCAACAAUCACUACUAAAUUCAAUUCACUCGACGAUGUUGGGUGGUAUGGGUCAAGCUAUCUCUUAACGACGACAAGUCUACAACCUACAUUCGGAAAAAUUUAUACCUAUUUUAACGUAAAAUGGACAUACCUCUCGGCGCUCGUUCUUUUUGAAGUUGGAUCCGUCAUAUGCGCUACUUCGAGGAACUCGACUACGUUAAUCGUAGGCCGCGCGAUAGCUGGUGCUGGUGCCUCUGCGCUAUUUUCUGGCGGGAAUACGAUAAUAGGCUUUUCGGUGCCUCUACGGAAGAUGCCAAUUUACAUCGCGAUGCUGUCAGGCAUGUUCGGCAUAGCGUCUGUCGUGGGACCUAUUUUGGGAGGCGUACUGACAGACAGGGCCUCGUGGAGAUGGUGCUUCUGGAUUAACUUACCGUUCGGCGGGGCUGCUUUUCUCGCGGUCCUUCUAUUUUUCAAACCACCGAAACGAGAUGUCGGCAACCUUACUCUGAGGCAAAAACUGGAGAAAAUCGACAUCCUCGGAGCUUUAUUCCUCAUAUGCGGGAUUAUAUGUCUUCUACUGGCACUCCAAGACGGUGGGACCGAGUAUCCUUGGUCGGAGGCGAAAGUAUGGGGUCUUCUCCUCGGUUUCGGGCUCCAAUUCGUCGUCUUCCUUGGCAUUCAGGUAUAUCGGGGAGAUGACGCUACCAUUCCGCCUCGAGUGUUCAUCCGACAGCGGUCGAUAUUCUGCGGUUCCGUUUUUACCUUCUUCCUCAGCAUGGCCUUGUACACACAUAUAUACUUCCUCCCAUUCUACUUCCAAGCUGUUCUUGGCACCUCCGCUGAAGGCUCCGGAAUCCGCUCCAUCCCGUAUCUCGUCAGCAUCACCACAUCCUCACUUAUCGUUGGCGCUCUCAUAACCAAAAUCGGGUACUAUGUACCGUUUUUGUGGAUCGGCUCCGCGGUAUUUACCGUUGGUGCGGGGUUAUUGUUCACGCUAAGAGUGUCGACGAUCACUGCGAAGUGGAUCGGGUAUCAGAUACUUGCGGGUUUUGGAGCAGGAGCGGGUUUCCAGGUGCCUUAUCUUGCUGUCCAGGCUGUUCUCAGCUCGCAGGACAUGCCAACUGGAAACGCAAUCAUAAUGUUCUCAAACGCGUUGGGUGGAGCCAUUGCUAUCUCCGUGGCGCAGAAUAUAUUCACAAACACGCUUUUAAGCUCGAUACCUAAGCACACCACAGGGAUUGAUCCUGAUCUUGUUGUCGAUACUGGGGCAACACAUUUACGAGACGUCAUACCCACAGAUCAACUACAGGGUGUGCUUGUGGCGUACACGUAUGCUCUCGACAGGGCGUUUAUUUUACCUAUUGCCGUUGCAGGAUCGGCCUUCUUCACCUCUUUAUUUGUGGAAUGGAAUACUGUGAAAAAGAAACGACUCGUGAACAGUACUGCUGCAUAA